AUGGAGCCUCCCCAACAGCAAGGGGAGCGAGCUCUGUACAUCCAGAAGGACGGCGCAAUCAACCCAAGCAGCGCCAGCGGUAACCCUAACGGUGAUUUCAAUAUGUCUGCCGACAUUGUCGGUAGUGGCAGCGGCGGUGGCGCUGAUGCAAGCAACGGCGUUUCCGACCUUGCUGGAUUAACAGCGGCAAAGAUCGGGGGGAAGCCUCCGAGUGAGGCAGACAAGAAGGCAGCACCGAGAUCUGGGGGACCUGCGGCGGGCAAGCCAGGCAAAGACGGCAAGGGUACCAGCGGUAAGAAGAAGAAGACGACCGAGAACGGAGAGCGGAAGAAGAGCAAGAAGUCCAAGAAGAGCGGCAAGCAUGGGGAGGCAUCGGCAGACGGGGCAGCGACGGGAGCGACGCCAGGGAGCGAUAAGACCACCAAGGGCAAAACCGUAGCUAGCAAAACGGGCAGCAAGACCAAGGGUGCGGUUAAGAAGGUCGCUGCGGCAAGCGCUACCAAGAAGAAGGAAGGAACCACCACGUCGAGCGGGAACAAGAGCAAGGACCGCGGCCGGAGUGACAGAGAUAGUCGAAGCCCCAGCUGGAGCAGCCGGAGCUGGAGCAGUCGCAGCCGCAGCAGAAGCUGGAGCAGCCGAAGCAGCAGCAGGGGGAGGAGGGACAGCCGGUCGAGGAGCAGCAGCAGGCGGAGAAGGGAUAGCCGUUCGAGGAGCAGAGAACACAGCCGCUGGCACGGAUCCUCUUAUCGAGGUAGUGGCGGCGUCCGUGGCUACUCAAGAGCGCCCCGCGAGCGUUCCUGGGAUCGGUUUGGGAAUCGGUCCAGGGACCAAGAGCGAGGCCGACCGCAGCGCGAUCAGGAGAGGGACCGGGGCGACGGGCGACGGGGCUAUCGCAGGGAAAGCGAUCCUCCCUCUGGCAACAGAGGUCGAGACCGUGAUCGAGAUCGUGAUCGAGAUCGAGACCUGCCGAGAGGGAGAGAUCGGGAGGUUGUCGGCCGGGGAAGAGGGGAGCGAGAGGAAACGAGGGAUAAGGGACGCAGGGACGAUGCCGACUCAAGGGGCCCUGUUAGCGACAGAGACUAUCGCGGCGGAGACAGAAAGGAAGCUCGUAGCGGUAAGAAUGAGCCUCGCAGCGGAAACGGCAAGGAACAGGCCCAACGCGAUGGCAACGUGAAACCUCAGGGCGGCAGGGGGGACCCCAACGACGAUAAGAAGGAAGCUCGAGGGGACGUGAAAGAGCCUGUCAGCGAUAGGAAAGGGUCCCGCUCGGAUAGACAAGACCCCGACAAAGACAAGGAGGAAACUUCGAGGGAAGGCAAGGAUGAGCAGCAGCAGCAGCAGCAGCAGCAGCAGCCUAGGGUAGACAGGGGCGGUGAACAGCAGUACGGCGAGGACUCGCAAGGAGGUGGGAGCUACCGGCGGGACAGGGACUACCGACACCAUGGGGUCGACGACCGCUACGGAGGAAACAGGGGGGGAUACCGCCCUCGCGGGAGCAACGACUACUACGGCACCAGGGAGACCCGCAACCGAGAGCCAGCAGACCGCGACCACCGAGGAGAGAAGGGCUAUACCAGGGACGGCAGGGACAAAGGGCACGAUCAAGACCACAGGGGUCAGGAAGGUGACCGCGGCGGCAGCGUGCACGGGGGGGAACAUCAGGGGCGGGGCAUGGGACGAGAGCGCAACCCCCGCUCCGCGAGGACGGGGUCAGGGUUUGCAGACCAGCGCGGAGACCGAGGUCCACCGCCGCCACAUUCCGGGAGCGACGGCGGUCGGGGAUGGGCAGGAGCUGGCCCCGGGGUGCACUCCGGAAGAGAUGACGGCGGUGGCGAGAGGGGCGGGCCGAGGGGCGGAUCGAGGGAACGCUACAGACGCAACAACGGCGAGAGCGGCGGCGGUCCCGCGGAGGGGAUGCAGCACGACGGCGGCGGCCGCAUGGGGCAAGGUCCUUGGAAUGAUCCUCAUGUUCCCUACCCGUCGGAGGGGCGGCCUCGUCCUCAACAGCCGCAGCGAGAGACGUUCAACGGGGAAAGGCGCAGGGGCAGAUCCCCAGGCGGUGACGACGAACGAAAGUUUGAUGGGAUGAGGGCGGGAGCCGGGGCAAAUGGAGGGGAUGAGCCGGGGCCAGUGCUAAGGGACAAGCGCAGACGAAGUGGCAGCAGAACAACCGGGCCUUCGGAGGCCGACCAAGCACCUGGGGAUUCGUUUGCCGGGGCCGGCACGGGAACACUCACCGCUGGACCCGGGGCCUAUGGACCAGGACACUCACCCGCUAAGCGUUUGAGGGGUGACGAGCCUCCGCCGUUCGCAGAUGUGGGAGUAGCAGCACCGGGGGGUCGGGGAGGGAUGAGAGGCGAGGAAGACAUGCUGCGGCGCCCCUCUGGCAUGCGCCCCGGGGGGCCAGGACGGGGCGUCGAGCCCGGAAUGAGAGGCCCGGAGCCUGGGAUGCAAGGCAGGGGGAUGGGUGGCGGCCGGGGCAGAGGCGGCGGCCGCUUUGGGCCAGAGGGAAGAGGUGGACGAGGAGGAGGUGCUGAGUACGUGGAGGGAGGCCGAGGAGGGGACUUGCCCCCCCCGGAUGGCUACCGGAUGGACUUCCCCCCCGGUCAGAUGGACAGGAUGGACCGGGACCGGCACCAGGACCGUGACCGAGACCGUCGCAGGGGACCCCCUCUCGUCGACAGAGACGGCCAGCCUCCCCCACCAUGGGCAAACGGCGCCAUGGACGGCCCUCCUGACGGAGGCCGGGGGGGAGGAGGACGAGGACGUGGAGGAAGAGGAAGAGGAAGAGGAAGAGGUGGCCCGGGGUCGGAAGGGAUGGGACCGUUGAACCGCAUGGAUCCAGGCCAGCCGCGGAUGAUGCCGGCCAUUUCACCACCAGAAGGGGGCUUCGGGCCUCCAGAGCGGGUAUACGGGAGAGGCGGGCGGGGUAGAGGCGGCGGAGAGUUCGACUUCGGGGGGCCCGACGGGGGGAGGGGGAGAGGGCGGGGGGGUGGGGGGGGGCGCGGUAGUGAGCGGCCGCCGUUUCCUCCGGGCGGCGUGGACGGGGCACCAGAGGGGAAGUACGAUUCAGCAGGCCGAGGACCAGAGCCAGUCGGGCCGAACGCUCGUGGCGGUGGCGGCGGUGUAGCCCCCUUAGCACCACCCAACAAUUUGUCGGGGGCCCCCGGCCCAAGGCAAGGAGGUCGAGCGAUGUUAGGAGGGGGAGGAGGAGGACCCGACCGGCCGAUGGGUGGACCGGAGAGAGGGCCAGGACUAGAGAUGGGCGGCCGCGGGGGGCGGGGCGGCGGCGAUCGCCACAGCAGCGGCGGUCGCGGCGCCGGCGGCGCACCCAACAGACUGGAGCAAGAAAACAUUGCCGCCCCCCCCGGCGGGGGCAGACGGGGGAUACCCCGCCCCCCUCCCGGAUUUUGGGGACCGCGGGGCCCCCCUCCCCCCGGACACCCCGCCUGGAACGACCCGGCUCUCGAGCAGUACAUACCGAGGCAACAACACGGGAACGGGGAAGGAGACGGCGGCCGCCCGGGAGUAGGGGGGGGGGGAGGAAGAGGACGAGGCCCUGGCUUCUAUCCGCCCCGGGGCGAAGGAGUGAGAGGAGGAGUCGGGGAGCCAAGGAGGCAGCAGCAGCAAGAUGGGGGCCCGCCGCUUCACUUCGAUGGUGCGGGGGGUCCCGGUGGUGGUGGUCAGCCUCCCCCGCCGUGGGCCGCAGCGGGCGGUCUUCCGCCGAGAGGAUUCGGGGGGCCUCAGCAGCAUCAGGGCCGGGGUGGUGCCGGAUUGGGUGGGCCGAUGAGAGGGCGGGGGCAAGGCGGCGGCGGCCGCGGCGGCCAGAAUGGGUCUCGAGGGUCGAUGGUUAGACCGGACGAGGGCAGGGGGCCACUGCCGCCGCCGCCGCCUGGUGACGGCCCGUGGCGGCCGAUGGGUACGGCGCCGUGGGAGAACGGUCGGGGUGACGUGCUUCCGCCGCCGCCAGCAGGCGCCGGGUGGGGGCCGGGAGGGGGCAACUGGGAGCAGGAAGGCGGGGGCAUGCGGCGGGGCGACAGCAGGGAGAGAGUGUGGGGGCCCCCUGGCCCCGGAGGCGGCCCGCCAGGAAUUGGAGGACCGGAUGGUCCAAGGCUUCGGAGAUCUCGAUCCCGCUCCGACUCCCGACCGCGCAGAGGUCCUGGCCCUCCUCCUCACGGUGCCUGGGAAGCAAACAAUAACAAUAUGAACAACAACAGGGGAGACGGGCGAGGGCCAAGAGGAGGAGAAGGAUUCGGCGGCGAGGGAUACGGCCCCCCCGGCGAGCGAAGACAGCCCCCCUACGGCGGUCACCAGCAGUCACAGCAAGACCGCUGGCAGGCCGAUCAAUGGCAACCACACCCCCGGCACGGCCCCGGCGGCGACUUCCCGAGGUUCCCGCCGGAUGAUGACUUGGAGGCGAUAGCAGAGGCGGCUGAGGUUGAUCCUGCAGUUGUUGCCGUGGCGGCCAACCUCGCGCCGGUGUGCGUGUCACGGCAGCUGCUGUCGGAGGGCGCUUACCGCCGCUUGGCCCUCGCGCGUCAAGCCGGAGAUGAUGUCGAGGCCGGGCUUACCUUCGAACCGGAGGAGGGAUACGAUGACGAAGAGGAAAGGGGCACAGGUGCGGGUGUGAAACCAAAGGAGGAGGCAGGCGUCAACGCCGGAACCGCCAUGGGCGAAGGGGCGACGCCUGCAAGCGGCACGGAGAUGGACGGCGGUGACAACGGCUACGGCGACGGCAUCAACACUACCCCGGCACAGUUGGCCACGGACGAAAGCGGCGGCGGCGGCGGCGGCGGCGGCGGUUCUCCGGAUGGCGCAGAAGAAGAGGACGACCUUUACGGCGAUCUCUACGGCGGCCUGGACGACGACGGUGGCGGUGGGACUGACAUGGACGGCGGUGUCCGAAAUGGUGGCGGAGGCGGGGGGGGUCAGGACGGCGCGGGCGACGAUGGCGGCGGCGUGGGCGAGGAGGGCCAAGGUGCCGGCGGGCUGAACGGAGGCGGUGCGGUGGAAGCAGGAGGAGGGGACGGUAUGGCUGAGGAGGUCAGCACUCGUGCCGUUAUGAACGCUCUUAAGAGAUUGGAGGGCCCGAUUUUCAUCCCUGCACCUCCAGAGGCUACACCUGUGUCUUUGAUGUUGGGGGACAUCUCCGUUGGGCUUCCCCUCAAUGUUUUAUCGGCGCCUGAAACGUACCACUAGUCCUGAGUUCUCACAUCAAUCGAUUCUCCUGCUGGAGUUGCUACGGGGGUGAAAGCACUAGCCAUCGCACCGUGGGUUUGAAAGGUUACACCCCGUAAAGGGGGGUAGGUGCUGUGUUUUCAGCGGGUUGUAGGGCACCCCUCCUGUGCUGUUAUUGUUUCCAUGGUAUAUAUUAAGUUCUUCAUGAACGGGUGUUUCGUAUACAAGUACAAGGUAGUUUUACAUUUCUUUUUUCUGGGAGUGAGUCGGAUUUGGAGAAUGUUCUCCGACCGGCCAAAAAUAAUCAGCAUGUGUUGGUUUUGGGAGGAAGGUGUUUGAUAUUUGUCUGGUGUGGUUGCAGGCGUGAAGUGUAGCUGGCUUCUCUGGUGGUGGCAGGUACAGGGUGCAGGUCAAUGUUUUAGUGUUUGGGCGAAGCGUUUUUAUCGAAUCACAAGAAAACUUGAUGUGUUAUUUUUGUUGGAAGAAACCAGGAUCAUGGCACCGCUCCGACCUGAAUCUUUU